AUGACCGCCACUACCAUCAAAACUAGGGUCGGCUUCCUGGGGCUGGGGAUGAUGGGCACCCCGAUGGCCAGCCGGCUUGCUGCAAACAACCCGCUCACUGUCUGGAACAGAUCACCUCUUCAAUCAAAAUACGAGCCUCUGAAGCAGCUCGGGGCGAACAUUGGAUAUACGCCAGCUCAUGUCAUUAAUCAGUCCGAUGUCACCUUCAUGAUGUUGUUCGAUGGUGCUGCUAUCAAAUCGAUUCUGACCGAUGAAUUCAAGGAGUCUCUGCGCGGCAAAACGUUGAUCAACACCAGCUCUGUUACUGUCGAGUGCUGUCAGUACCUCGACAAAUUUGUUCGCGAUGCGGGCGGAGAGUUUCUUGAGAUGCCAGUGAGCGGCAGCAAAAUUCCGGCUGAGCAGGGCAAGCUCGUGGGCUUAAUGGCAGGAGACCAAGAGCUCGCCGAGCGUGUCAAGCCGCUCAUUGAGCCGCUGACAACCGUCUCCGUGUAUUGCGGCCCGAUCGGGUCUGGGCUUAAGAUGAAAUACGCCCUCAAUCUUUACUCUACCACGAUGAAUGCUGGGCUUGCCGAGUCGAUGAAUCUCGCCCGGGCUCAAGGCUUGAAUCUCGAAGCAUUUGUCACAGCUCUUGAUGCAGGCCCCAUGGCUUCAGCGUACUCGAAAAUGAAGACAACAAAGAUGCUGCACCAGGACUGGUCUCCUCAAGCAUCAGCCAGAGAUUGCUAUAACAGCACACAGCUCAUUCGAUCUGCUAUCGAAGAGGCAAAUACUCAGUCUCCUCUAGCACUCCUCUCCGCGUCGUUGUAUCGUAAGGCUAUAGAAUCUGGGUGGGGGGAUGAAGACAUGAUAUCUGUUUACAAAGUCCUUCAGCAGCCCGUUGACAUGAAUGGAGAAGCUGAGGCAAAGUGCAAUCCUACCAAUGAUUCAUAG